AUUCUGAUAAUCUGACUGUCACAAAGACGCAAACUUGUUUCUCUUUCGCAGGUGACUUGUUGAUCUUAUUGAAUGUCUUACUAAAUAAGAAGACUUUGCCAACAACAUAA